CUGUACCAAGAUGACGUUGAUCCUGUCGCUUUUACUCGUAGCAUUCAGUACUCGACUGUGUGAGGGAUCAUUUUCGUUGCUCAGUGAACCGCGUCAAACGUGUGCCGGGUAUUCAGGUAUUGCGGACGCAAUUGCCUACCUUACCAAAUCAAUAUCGAAUCAAACGGUCGCAAAUGAUCCAUUGCUAGAGGUUAAAACCAGCCUUCAAAACCUGUUGCAAUUGGCUACGAUAUAUCAAUCCUGCGAUGAUGUCACCGGGCCCCCGGGAUUGUACCGUGUGCGGGACGGAAAUGACGUGCCGACCCAUUACUUCUGUCAGACGGAACUGCUGGGUGGUGGCUGGACUGUGAUACAGCGUCGAACGAGUGGUCGAACUAACUUUACGCGCAGCUUUAACGAGUAUCAAAAUGGUUUCGGGCAUCCCGACCAGGAGUUUUGGAUCGGCCUGACUCGUCUUAAUCGGAUAACCUCGCUCGCACAGUACGAAUUGAUCAUCCUGAUGGACGCGUUUGAUGGUGCCACGGCGUCGGUUCGAUACACAAACUUCAAGGUUGGCCCCGCCUCUGACGGAUUUAGAUUAGUGGCGCUUGAAUACAGUAGUGGUGUUGGAAACUCGAUGUCAAGCUCCGCUAAUCAGACAUUCUCUACCUUCGAUCGAGAUACUGAUUCUUCACUCUCAAAUUGUGCUAACUCGUGGAAAGGAGGAUGGUGGUUCGGUGCAUGUGGUGACAGCAAUCUUAACGGAUUUUAUAAUGGUCCAGCCGCUACGACAAUUGCAAGGACAUCGAUGGUGUGGACAUCCUUUAAAGGAAGUUUUCAAUCACUUAAGAGUUCUAUAAUGCUUAUUCGGAAAAAGAGGGCAUAAGUUGCUAUGGAACAAAUGCAAUCGAUAGCAAUAAAACAGAGGAAAUA